UGAUAAAUAGUGCAAUUUAUGGUUUAGCUUACUAAUCCUAUAAUUUAGAAGUACUAAGCAUAGCUUGUCUGACGCUGUCAUUCAGCAAGGCACACACCUGAAGGCUGAAGGGUUUUGACGGGGUUUUACAAACCAAACCCUUUCUUCAAUCCACCUCUCCACUCUCGCCUUCUUCUUAUUUCCCGCCUGAAACCCUUUCUUCAUUCCACCAUUUCCACACCACUCUCACUCUUAACCAUUCUAGGGUUUCCAAACCCUUCAAAACCCCCUAAAAUGGUGUCGCCAAAACAACUUCUUUCAACAAUCGAAUCAACACUCUUAACUUCUUCAUCUCCCUCUCCUUCCGAGCGUAUUGAACUCAUGCACGCCAUUCGCAGCUCUAUCUCUUCUCUGCAAAAUCUCCUUUCUUUUCCUCCACCUCGACCAGCCGAUCGUACUGAGGUGCAAUCCAAGGAAGUUCGGUUUCCCAAUUCGCCUCCAAUGACGUUGGAUGAUCAAGAUGUCCAACUUGCUCUGAAACUCAGUGAUGAUCUUCAUCUUAAUGAAAUUGAAUGUGUACGGUUGCUUGUUUCUACUAACCAAGAGUGGGGAUUGUUAGGACGAGAACCUUUGGAAAUUUUGCGUCUAGCUACUGGACUCUGGUAUACAGAAAGAAGAGAUCUAAUCACAGCCCUGUACACACUAUUAAGGGCUGUUGUGCUUGACCAGGAUGUUGAAGGGGAUAUUGUGGCCGACAUUCAAAAAUAUAUGGAGGAUCUUAUAAAAGCAGGUCUUAGACAACGAUUGAUAAAAUUAAUCAAGGAACUCAAUUGGCAAGAACCCGGUGGUUCAGGAGGCCCUAACGCAGAGCGCUUUAUCAUUGAUGCUCGUGGUGCCAUUGUAGAGCGUCAAGCUGUUGUUAGCAGGGAAAGACUAAUUCUCUCGCACUGCCUUGUUCUGUCUGUUCUUGUUGUGCGGACAACUCCUAAAGAUAUCAAAGAUAUCUUCUCCAUUCUGAAAGAUGAAGCUGCGGAACUCAAUGACUGUCGUGACACCUCAAAAUAUCAGAUUACAUAUGGCAUAUUAUAUUCUCUUGUAAUUGCGUUCACUUCUGAUGCAUUGAGCACUGCUCCAGAGAAACUGUCUCUCCUUUCUCACGAUGCUUCCUUCAGACAAGAAUUUCAGGAAAUUGUAAUGAGUCCUGUUAAUGAUCCAAAUGUAAGUGGAUUUGUUGAUUGUGUACGACUUGCAUGGUCAGUACAUUUGAUGUUAGUACAAGAGGGAACUGAAGUGAGGGACACAGUGUCUAGUGCUUCAUCAAAAGACUUCCAGAAUAUCAGUUCUUGUUUGGAUGUCAUUUUCUCAAACAACGUGUUUGAAUUUUUCCUGCACAAAGUACUACGAACUGCUGCUUAUAAGAAUGAUGAUGAAGAUAUGACGUAUAUGUACAAUGCUUACCUUCACAAACUUGUCACCAUCUUCUUGUCUGAACCUCUUGCUAGAGAAAAGGUAAAAGAAGUGAAAGAGAAGGUUAUGGCUAUGCUAAGCCCUUAUCGCAUGGGUGGACCACACGUCUUUCCUCACACGGACGAUAUAAAUGCUGAUCAUUCUGCUGAAGUGGAACGUCAACCAUUUAUAUCUUUAUUAGAGUUUAUCAGUGAAAUCUAUCAGAAAGAACCCGAGUUACUCUCUGGCAAUGAUGUUGUGUGGACAUUUGUGAAUUUCGCUGGGGAAGAUCAUAAUAAUUUUCACACGCUGGUGGCGUUCUUGAAAAUGCUGGGUGCCCUGGCUUGCAGUCAAGAGGGUGCCUCAAAAGUUUUUGAACUACUUCAAGGGAAAACUUUUCGAUCUGUUUCCUGGAGCACUUUGUUUGAUUGCCUAUCAAUAUAUGCUGAUAAAUUUAAGCAGACUCUUCAAAGUACUGGGUCCUUGCUGCCAGAUUUUCCUGAAGGAGAUGCAAAAGCUUUGGUUGCAUAUUUGACUGUUCUUCGAAAGGUUGUGGAAAAUGGGAAUCCUAUUGACAGGAAAAACUGGUUUCUUGAUAUUGAGCCGUUAUUCAAGCUCCUUAGUUAUGAAAAUGUGCCUCCUUUUCUCAAGGGUGCUUUAAGAGAUGCCAUUGCAGUUUUUAUCCAAGUUAGUCCAUUGAUGAAAGGCAGUAUUUGGGCGUAUCUUGAGCAGUAUGAUCUGCCUGUUGUAGUUGGACCUCAAGUUGGAAACACUACUCAACCAAUCUCUACCCAGGUGUAUGAUAUGCAGUUUGAGUUGAACGAAAUCGAGGCAAGGACAGAACAUUACCCGUCCACCAUUUCAUUUAUAAAUCUUUUGAAUGCUCUGAUUGCUGAAGAAAGGGAUUUUAGCGAUAGAGGCCGUAGGUUUGUUGGUAUAUUCAGAUUCAUAUAUGAUCAAGUCUUCGGGCCCUUUUCGCAAAGGGCCUAUGGUGAUCUUUGUGAAAAGUGGCAGUUAGUAGUUGCAUGUCUUCAUCAUUUUCGGAUGAUAUUAAGUACGUAUGAGAUAAAUGCUGAGGAUAUUGAGAGUGUUGUUGACGGAUCUCAGUUGUCUACAGCUCAGCAGCCUGCUCAACUCCAACUGCAGCUUCCUGCUGUUGAGCUUAUGAAGGAUUUCAUGAGUGGUAAAACUGUAUUCAGAAACAUAAUGAGUAUUCUCUCACCUGGAGUUAAUUCUAUUAUCUCUGAACGCACUAGCCAGUUAUAUGGAAACCUUUUAGAGAAAGCAGUUCAUUUAUCUCUGGAAAUCAUAAUCCUUGUUUUGGAAAAGGAUUUACAACUUGCUGAUUUUUGGCGCCCUCUUUAUCAGCCUUUAGAUGUGAUACUUUCACAAGAUCAUAAUCAAAUUGUAGCUUUAUUGGAGUAUGUGAGAUAUGAUCUACAGCCACACAUUCAGCAAUACUCUAUUAAAAUCAUGAGUGCGCUGAGCUCUCGUAUGGUUGGGCUUGUUCAAUUGCUGCUGCAAUCUCAUGCUGCAAGCUCCUUGGUGGAGGAUUAUGCUUCCUGUCUGGAGAUCCGUUCACAAGAAAACCAGAAUAUGGAUAAUAGUAGUGAUGAUCUAGGUGUCCUAAUACUCCAGCUUCUAAUUGAGAAUAUCCGAAGACCAGCACCAAAUAUUACACAUUUGCUUCUUAAAUUUGAUCUUGAUACCCCUAUUGAGCGUACAGUCUUACAGCCAAGAUUUAAUUACAGUUGCUUAAAGGUUAUUCUUGAUAUUUUGGAUAAGCUUUUGAAGCCAGAUACUAAUGCAUUGCUUCAUGAGUUUGGGUUUCAGCUUCUUUACGAGUUAUGUGUUGAUGAACUGACAUCUGGUCCAGUGAUGGACCUAUUGUGUAGUAAGAGAUAUAAUUUUUUUGUAAAGCAUUUGGAAACUGUCGGUGUUGUUCUAUUGCCUAAACGGAAUAGUUCCCAGGCUUUGCGAACCAGCUCACUUCAUCAGAGAGCUUGGCUGUUGAAGCUUCUGACAGUGGAGUUGCACUCUGGCGAUAUUAAAAACUCCAGUCAUAGAGAAACAUGCCAUAAGAUUCUUGCUUAUUUGUUUGGGCAAGAUACAAACGGGCUGGAGGGUGAUCAAGACAUAACAUCUUCCCUUUCUCUGCAAAAUAGAGAAAGUGCUGGAACCAGGACAAUCAAUAAAAGCAAGGCAUUAGAACUGCUUGACAUUAUACAAUUUAGACCUCCGGAGGUCACUAGAGACUAUUCACAAAUUGUAUCUAAUACGAAAUUUAGCUUGCUGGCAGAGGAAAUACUUCGAAGUUCUGCGUCUGAGAAGGAUGGUAUAUAUUAUUACUCAGAACGAGGAGAUCGUCUGAUCAACCUCACUGCAUUCCGCGACAAACUUUGGCAGCUGUGUUCAUUUGACAAUGAACUCGAGCUUAACAAUUUACGAGAGAUGGUUCAGCAAUUGCUGAGAUGGGCCUGGAAAUAUAACAGAAAUCUGGAGGAGCAAGCUGCGCAGCUUCAUAUGCUAACAAGCUGGUCGCAGAUUGUUGAGAUCUCUGCUUCAAGAAGAUUAUCAUCCCUUGAAAAUAGAACUGAAGUCUUACUACAAUUACUUGAUGCGUCUUUGAGUGCUUCUGCAUCAGUUGACUGCUCUCUCAAGAUGGCACUUCUUUUGACUCAGGUUGCCCUCACAUGUAUGGCCAAGUUACGGGAUGAUAGAUAUUUGUACCCUGCUGGUUUUAGUUCUGAUGCUCUAACUUGUCUUGGUGUUCUCAUGUUUAAACAAUUAUCGAAUGGAGCUUGUCUUUCUAUAUUAUUCAAACUUACACUGGCACUGCUGAGACAUGACUCAUCCGAAGCCUUAAGGAGAAGGCAAUAUGCGUUGCUUCUGAGCUAUUUCCAAUACUGUCAGCAUGUGCUCGACCCUGAUGUACCUAGGAGGAUUCUGCAAUUACUACUUGGAACUGAACAGGACAGUGAAGAUAUGGACCUUGAAAAGAUUGACAAAGAACAAGCGGAACUGGCACGAUCAAAUUUCUCUAUAUUGCGCAAGGAAGGUCAAGCUAUUCUAGAUUUGGUCAUCAAAGAUGCAACUCAAGGAAGUGAAUCUGGGAAGACAAUGUCUCAUUUUGUUCUUGAUGCGCUAGUUUGUAUAGAUCACGAGAAGUUCUUUUUGAACCAACUUCAGAGCAGAGGUUUCCUGAGGUCUUGCUUGAUGAGCAUCAGUAAUUUUUCUCAACAGGAUGUUCGUCGCCCUAUGGAGGUUUUGCAGAGAGCGUGUACACUAGAGGCUGAACUUGCUUUGAUGUUGAGAAUCAGUCAUAAAUAUGGAAAGGCGGGAGCCCAGGUUCUGUCCUCUAUGGGUAUCUUGGAGCAUUUGGCUACUUGCAAAGCCUUGCAUAUACCCCUGAAGGGAAGCUUAAGGCAGUUGGAGACUAGGUUUGGAAGGGAAAUACCAGCAAAUGCGGACAAGCAACAAGUAGUAGUUGCUCCAGUAUUGAGAUUGGUGUUUUCUUUGACUUCAUUGGUCGAUGCAUCUGAUUUCUUCGAGGUGAAGAAUAAAAUUGUCCGUGAGGCCAUGGAGUUUGUGAAAGCCCAUCCUUCUCUAUUUGACCGGGCUCUGCUGGAAAACAUUUCUGAAGCUGAUGAAUUAAUGAUGGAGCUUAUUAAUCUUGUUGUUGGCAUAUUAAGUAAGGUCUGGCCUUAUGAAGAGAAUGACGAGUAUGGCUUUGUUCAAAGCCUUUUUCGGAUGAUGUGUGAUUUGUUCUCACAGGAUACGGAAUCAUUUUCUUCUGUUUCUUCAGGGCUGUCUCCCUUGAACCGAAGGAGAUUAGAACUAAGGAAAUUUCAUAUAGGCUUCAAACUAUGUUCUUACCUAUAUUUUCAAGUGACAAAGAAAUCCGUUAGGCUGCAGGUUUCAGAUCGUCAAAAAGCUUAUCACAAAUCUGGUGGAAAGCUGCAACCAACAUUAGCCUUGCUUGUCCAUUUUCUCAAUACUGUAACAAGUUCUCUGGAAAGGGCUGCUGAUGAGAAGUCUUUGUUGCUUAAUAAGAUUCAAGAUGUAAAUGAGCUAUCAAGACAAGAAGUGGAUGGCAUUAUCAGUACUUUCACCGAGAAGACUCGUGUAUCAUCAUCCGACAACACAAACACAAGACGGUAUAUUGCAAUGGUCGAGAUGUGCCAAAUAGUCGGUGAUCGAGAUCAGCUGGUCACUUUAUUGCUUUUAUUGGCAGAGCAUGUUUUGAAUGUGAUCCUAACUCAUUUCCAGGACACUUCUUUUAUGGCUGAAACAAAUGGAAAUAGGAUGCUGAUUACAUAUACUUCAGAUAAGGAAUCUGAGCAGGAGCUCUCAUCAUUAUGUGGAAAGUUACUUCCAAUCUUAGAAAGAUUGGAAUUGCUAAACGAGGAUAAGAUUGGACAAAAUCUCAAAGUGUUUUUCCGAUUGGUGACUUCUCUCAAGGAUUUGACCGUUCGAAAACUGGCUUUAUAACUCAUCAAAAUUCAAAAUUUGCUCGGAUAUUUGUGGCAGAUAUAAUUUUUAUAUUGUAUGUACUAUAUGUAUCCGCUGUGAGCUUUAGUGCCAAAUAGACGUAUAUUCUUCAUGAAAGGUCAUUGCUUAUGUAUUUAUUGACAGUGCAUUUAUACUGUCUGUUACAAAAAUGAUGUAGUGAAUUAAUGUAUUUUGGGUAGAGUAAAAAGAGCAGAAAGCUGGUAUUAAUAGUCUCAUUCAUCUACAUUUUAAUUUUCUCUCGCCAAUUUGAAUUGCUGCCAGCAACAAAAACCACUAAAAUGGUGCACUCUUCAUCUGAAAUCUUUUACGAUGAAGAGCAAUGCAGUCUGUGCCGGUUAUGGGAUGAAAAGGUAGGAAGUUAAGAGGCGAAAACAAGUGUGUAUAAAAGGGUUCAUAAAAUUAAAACACAUACCAGGUUGUAUUUACCCGUGCCAAUUACGAAUUACCAAAAAAUCAUAUUAAAUAAUUUAGUUUUUAGCAUUCGAGAUAUUUGCCUAAUUUCAUUACUUGGUAUCAACUAAAACUUUCAUAGAGCUUAAUUGCUUAUUACAAGAGUAAUUGUGCAUUAUGUCUCUUAAUUCUACAUUUUUGUACGCUAAAUUCAUUUACCUUAUUUUGUCUUGCAAAGCAAGUCUCUUCCAAUAUAUUUUUUAUAAAAGAAACUAGGUAAAAACGAAUAAAAAUGAUAUAAAAGGCAUAGGCAAAAACAAGAACACCAACUAGAAAGCGAAAGAGCAUCAUCAUCAUCCUACCCAGUGUAUUCCACUCAUAGAAAAACUAUAGACAGGGUUUG